AUUUGCAAACUUCCUAGUGAGUGAUCAACAAGGUACACUUGCUCAGUCAGCACAUCUGAAUUUCGUGAAUAACAAGGGGUUUUAAGGUCCGAAAUAUUUCCAGCACAAGUGCGCAUACAUGUAGUCUCAUUUAUUACACAGCUUCAAGAAUUCAUUUGAAAUCGAGUGAAAACAAGAGCUGGCAAGAUAAAUUCCGGAACGGAAAAGUGACAGCCCGAGCUAGCCAGCGCGGCAGACCAUCAUCAACGUGAAGAGGAUGUGGUUGUGUUGAAAGCUGCAGUCUCAGAUCGAGCUAGACAGAUGCAAGCCAGAGGUUGAGUCGGAGACAAAACGCCGAGCAGCUUCCAAGAACACGGAAUGUAGUGGACUAGAGCUGUGUGGCCUGGGGACUUUUUAAGUGGCAGCUGGUGAGAUUCCACUCUAGUGGUUGCCGGGGGCGAUGAGGGUGCGUUGCUCCCGGAAACUGGGCCUCCUAGCUAAGUCCUUCUUCCUGCUGUGGGUGCUGUGGCUGGGCUACCUGCUCCUGGUCCGUUCCGCCUCCUUCUCCUCCACAGGGAACGAUGGAGGGGAGGACGGAGGGGGCCGCAGCCUGCUGGUUAGGCACUUGGCCCCUGUGGAGGAACAGGGGAGCGAGCAGCUGGCCAGGCCUGUGUACGUGAAAGCGCCGGCGGAUGCCAACGCUCCCGGGGAAUGGGGCAAGGCCACCAGGCUGAACCUCAGCCCGGAGGAGAAGAAGCAAGAGGAGGACAGCGUGGAGAGAUACGCUAUUAAUAUCUUUGUCAGCGAUAAGAUCUCUCUGCACCGACACAUCCAGGACAACAGGAUGAAGGAAUGCAGAGCUAAGAAGUUUGACUACCGCCAUCUGCCGACCACGUCAGUGAUCAUAGCGUUCUACAACGAGGCCUGGUCCACCCUGCUCAGGACUAUCCACAGUGUUCUGGAGAGCACUCCUGCUGUCCUCCUGAAGGAGAUCAUUCUCAUAGACGACUUUAGUGACCGAGUCUAUCUGCAGUCUCAGCUGGAGCAGUACAUCAGUAACUGGGAGCGUGUCCGCCUCAUCCGCACCAACAAGAGGGAGGGGUUGGUCAGGGCGAGGCUCAUCGGCGCCACCUACGCCACGGGGGACGUAUUGACCUUCCUGGACUGUCACUGCGAGUGUGUCCCCGGCUGGAUCGAGCCGCUCUUGGAGAGGAUUGGAGAGAAUGAGAGCACCAUCGUGUGUCCGGUGAUCGACACCAUCGACUGGAACUCGUUUGAGUUCUACAUGCAGACAGAUGAGCCCAUGAUCGGAGGCUUUGACUGGAGGCUGACUUUCCAGUGGCACUCCCUCCCUGAGGUUGACCGCAAGAAACGCAAAUCCCGCACCGAACCCAUCAGGUCUCCUACCAUGGCCGGUGGGCUGUUUGCUGUGAGCAAGGCCUACUUUGAGUACCUGGGCACAUAUGACAUGGGCAUGGAGGUGUGGGGAGGAGAGAACCUGGAACUGUCCUUCAGGGUGUGGCAGUGUGGAGGUUCUUUGGAGAUCCACCCCUGCUCCCAUGUGGGCCACGUCUUCCCAAAGAAAGCUCCCUACGCCAGGCCCAAGUUCCUCCAGAACACGGUCCGUGCUGCCGAGGUGUGGAUGGACACCUACAAACAGCACUUCUACAACAGAAACCCCCCUGCCAGAAAGGAGACAUAUGGGGACAUCUCAGAGAGGGUUGUCCUCAGAGAGAGACUGAAGUGUAACAGCUUUGACUGGUACCUGAAGAACAUCUACCCUGACCUGCAUGUACCAGAGGACCGGGAGGGCUGGCAUGGGGCGGUGCGUAGCUCUGGGAUCCAUUCAGAGUGCCUGGACUACAACGCUCCGGAACACAGUCCCACGGGGGCGCACAUCUCCCUCUUCGGUUGCCAUGGGCAGGGCGGCAACCAGUACUUUGAGUACACGACUCAUAAGGAGAUCCGCUAUAACUCUGUGACGGAGCUGUGUGCCGAGGUACCAGAGGGACAGACUUACAUUGGGAUGAAACACUGCCCCCACGACAGAACCCCUACACCCCCCACCAUCAUCUGGGAGUUCAGAGAGGACGGGACCAUAUACCACCCUCACUCAGACAUGUGUGUCACCUCCUGCCGGACAGCCGAGGGGCGAGCGGACGUCCAGAUGAGGACGUGCACCCCCGGGGACAAGCACCAGCGCUGGAAGUUUGAGAACGGGGGGAACUAGCUUCACCCUAACCCUAAUUGACCUUUGACCUAAGUGCAAUUACAGUUCCACGGUGGACGAUUGAGAGGCAGGAUUUUUAAAGAGGGGACCCAGCAAGCCUCUCAGCAAACUACCUACUUGUUCCCUGUGGGAAGACUUCCUCAUUUAAAGUGCCUUUGCGAACCAAGUGGGGUCCACCCCAGAGGUGUCCGUAUUUAUGCCUGUCAGAAUUCCCUAGUUUUGUAGAUCUUCCCUUCCUGUCACUAUGGGAGAUUAAAAACAAUAAGAAAGCUUGAAGGAACAUUCCAGGAUUGUCUAGUGGUGUCAGAUCUAAAAGACUGGUUUCAAAGAGGAUCGAUGGCAGGCAUCAUGGGAGUUUUGUUUUUUAAUUCAGUGGGAUCGGCAUAGAUUCCAACCAAGUACUGUUGCGCUACAGAAUGAUUUUAUAGAAUAUUUGUGUUUUUUUUUUUACAUGUAGACCACAACAAAUAACUGAAUUGUGUUGUCCUUAAAAUAAGAUCAAAAAGUUGAGUACAUUAAAACGAUUAAUUUAGAGGUCUAAAUGAUUACUCUUUUCUAUGUGUGGUUAAUCUGGGGGUUUGUAAUUCAAAGAUAACCCUUUGAGAUAGCUGAAUAAGUCCCAAAGCUUUGUAUCAUAUGAGACUUAACUAUACAAGCCCCAUCUGGUUGUUUAUGUGAAAUGGAGUUAAGAGGACCCUGUCAUGCUAGGAUACUGUAUGUGUUCUACUCACCAGUGUCUGUCUCUCUGUUUGGAGACUGUUCAAAGUAGGUUGAAAUUGGGCUAAUUCGAACAAGACUUGAAACACUUACAGUGAGGGAAAAAAGUAUUUGAUCCCCUGCUGAUUUUGUACGUUUGCCCACUGACAAAGAAAUGAUCAGUCUA